CGGCCGGGACGCGCGGACACGGAGCAGGACCGCGGGACGGCCGGCCGGCCGGCCGGAGCCCGCAGGGGCGGCGGGGCGGGGGCCCCGGGGAGGCGCCGACCCAAGCCGGCAGCAUGUCAUGGUUUAGUGGUCUCCUGGUCCCUAAAGUGGAUGAACGGAAAACAGCCUGGGGUGAACGCAAUGGGCAGAAGCGCCCACGCCGUGGGACUCGGUCCAGUGGCUUCUGUACACCCCACUAUAUGAGCUGCCUCCAGGAUGCAGAGCCACCCAGCCCCACCCCUGCAGCUCCUGCUCGGUGCCCCUGGCAGGAUGAGGCCUUCAUCCGGAGGGCAGGCCCAGGCAAAGGCGUGGAGCUGGGGUUGCGGGCAGUGGCCCUGGGCUUUGAGGACACUGAGGUGACAGCAGCAGUUGGAACAGCUGAGGUGGCACCUGAUGUGGCACCCAGGAGCAGGCGAUCCUGCUGGCGCCGUCUGGUGCAGGUGUUCCAGUCAAAGCAGUUCCGCUCAGCUAAGCUGGAGCGCCUGUACCAGCGCUACUUCUUCCAGAUGAACCAGAGCAGCCUGACGCUGCUGAUGGCGGUGCUUGUGCUGCUCAUGGUGGUGCUGCUCAUUUUCCACGCAGCACCCACACGCCCUCAGCCUGCCUACGUGGCCCUGCUGGCCUGUGCUGCCACCCUCUUUGUGGUACUCAUGGUGGUAUGUAACCGACACAGUUUCCGCCAGGACUCCAUGUGGGUGGUGAGUUACGUGGUGCUGGGCAUCCUGGCGGCUGUGCAGGUCGGGGGUGCCCUGGCAGCCAACCCGCACAGCCCCUCAGCAGGCCUCUGGUGCCCCUUGUUUUUCGUCUACAUCACCUACACACUCCUACCCAUCCGCAUGCGGGCUGCUGUGCUCAGUGGACUGGGCCUCUCCACGUUGCAUUUGAUCUUGGCCUGGCAACUCAACCGUGGUGACACCUUCCUCUGGAAGCAGCUUGGUGCUAAUGUGGUGCUGUUCCUCUGCACCAACGUCAUUGGCAUCUGCACACACUACCCAGCUGAGGUGUCUCAGCGCCAGGCCUUUCAGGAGACCCGCGGUUAUAUCCAGGCUCGUCUGCACCUGCAGCAUGAGAAUCGGCAGCAGGAGCGGCUGCUGCUCUCGGUGUUGCCCCAGCAUGUUGCCAUGGAGAUGAAAGAAGACAUCAACACAAAAAAAGAAGACAUGAUGUUCCACAAGAUCUACAUCCAGAAGCAUGACAACGUCAGCAUCCUGUUUGCGGACAUUGAGGGCUUCACCAGCCUGGCCUCUCAGUGCACUGCUCAGGAGCUGGUCAUGACCUUGAAUGAGCUCUUUGCCCGGUUUGACAAGCUGGCCGCGGAAAAUCAUUGCCUCAGGAUCAAAAUCUUAGGGGAUUGUUACUACUGUGUGUCAGGGCUGCCAGAGGCCCGAGCAGAUCAUGCCCAUUGCUGUGUGGAGAUGGGGGUGGACAUGAUCGAGGCCAUCUCGUUGGUGCGUGAGGUGACAGGCGUGAAUGUGAACAUGCGUGUGGGCAUCCACAGUGGGCGUGUACACUGUGGUGUCCUUGGCCUGAGGAAAUGGCAGUUUGAUGUGUGGUCCAACGAUGUAACCCUGGCCAACCACAUGGAGGCAGGGGGCCGGGCUGGACGCAUCCACAUCACUCGGGCCACGCUGCAGUACCUGAAUGGGGACUAUGAGGUGGAGCCAGGCCGUGGUGGUGAGCGCAAUGCAUACCUCAAGGAGCAGCGUAUUGAGACUUUCCUCAUCCUGGGCGCCAGCCAGAAAAGGAAAGAGGAGAAGGCCAUGCUGGCCAAGCUGCAGCGGACACGGGCCAACUCCAUGGAAGGGCUAAUGCCCCGCUGGGUGCCUGAUCGUGCUUUCUCCCGGACCAAGGACUCCAAAGCUUUCCGCCAGAUGGGCAUUGAUGAUUCCAGCAAAGACAACCGGGGUGCCCAAGAUGCCCUGAACCCUGAGGAUGAGGUGGAUGAGUUCCUGGGUCGUGCCAUCGAUGCCCGCAGCAUUGAUCAGCUGCGUAAGGACCAUGUGCGCCGGUUCCUGCUCACCUUCCAAAGAGAGGAUCUUGAGAAGAAGGGCAGCAACACCCAGUGCUCAGCUCAGCCCCCUCUCCCUCAGUACUCACGGAAGGUGGAUCCCCGCUUCGGAGCCUAUGUUGCCUGUGCCUUGCUGGUCUUCUGCUUCAUCUGCUUCAUCCAGCUCCUCAUCUUCCCACACUCCACCCUGAUGCUUGGGAUUUAUGCCAGUAUCUUCCUGCUGUUGCUGGUUACUGUGCUGAUCUGUGCUGUAUACUCCUGUGGUUCCCUGUUCCCCAAGGCCCUGCAGCGUUUGUCCCGUAGCAUUGUCCGUUCACGGGCACAUAGCACCACAGUCGGCAUCUUUUCAGUCCUCCUUGUGUUCAUUUCUGCUAUUGCUAACAUGUUCACCUGUGACCACACCCCCAUACGGACUUGUGCAGCCCAGAUGCUGAAUUUAACACCUGCUGACAUCACUGCCUGCCAUCUACAACAGCUCAAUUACUCUCUUGGCCUGGAUGCUCCCCUGUGUGAGGGCACCGCACCCACCUGCAGCUUCCCUGAGUACUUCGUUGGGAACAUGCUCCUGAGUCUUUUGGCCAGCUCUGUCUUCCUGCACAUCAGCAGCAUCGGCAAGUUGGCCAUGAUCUUUGUCUUGGGGCUCAUCUAUUUGAUGCUGCUUCUGCUGGGUCCCCCAGCCACCAUCUUCGACAACUAUGACCUACUGCUUGGUGUCCAUGGCUUGGUUCCAUCCAAUGAGACCUUUGAUGGGCUGGACUGCCCAGCUGCAGGGAGGGUGGCACUCAAAUACAUGACCCCUGUGAUCCUAUUGGUGUUUGCACUGGCGCUGUAUCUGCAUGCCCAGCAGGUGGAGUCAACUGCCCGCCUGGACUUCCUCUGGAAACUGCAGGCAACAGGGGAGAAGGAGGAGAUGGAGGAGCUCCAAGCAUACAACCGGCGGUUGCUGCAUAACAUUCUACCCAAGGAUGUGGCUGCCCACUUCCUGGCCCGUGAGCGCCGGAAUGAUGAACUCUACUAUCAGUCGUGUGAGUGUGUGGCUGUUAUGUUUGCCUCCAUUGCCAACUUCUCCGAGUUCUAUGUGGAGCUGGAGGCAAAUAAUGAGGGUGUCGAGUGCCUGCGGCUGCUCAACGAGAUCAUCGCUGACUUUGAUGAGAUCAUCAGCGAGGAACGGUUCAAGCAACUGGAAAAGAUCAAGACAAUUGGUAGCACCUACAUGGCUGCCUCUGGGCUGAAUGCCAGCACCUAUGAUCAGGUGGGACGAUCCCACAUCACUGCCCUCGCAGACUAUGCAAUGCGGCUCAUGGAGCAGAUGAAGCACAUCAAUGAGCACUCCUUCAACAAUUUCCAGAUGAAGAUUGGGCUGAACAUGGGCCCAGUUGUGGCAGGUGUCAUUGGGGCUCGGAAACCACAGUAUGACAUCUGGGGGAACACAGUGAAUGUCUCUAGUCGUAUGGACAGCACAGGGGUCCCUGACCGAAUACAGGUGACCACGGACCUGUACCAGGUUCUAGCUGCCAAGGGCUACCAACUGGAGUGUCGAGGGGUGGUCAAGGUGAAGGGCAAGGGGGAGAUGACCACCUACUUCCUCAAUGGGGGCCCCAGCAGUUAGCAGGACCCAGCUACAGAUUCCACUGAAGGGACCAAGGUGGGCAUUGAGUGGAUUCUGUGCUUGCUGGGUGGAGUUGUGGCAGGGGGCACUGAGCCUCCAAUCCUUGCUGAAGGCAGAAGGGAACACACCCAGCAUGCUGUACUUGGACCAUGCUCAUCUGCCCUCAGACUGGUGAUCAAGGGGAUACCAAGAGGAUUAUGCAAGUGACUUUCUUAUUCAGUUGAAGUUGUGCUGUUACCUUUCCUUUCUUCCAACUUGUGGGAGCAAGGGAAGGGGCAGUGGUGGCAGGGGAGCUCUUCUGCCCGAGAGAUUAAAGUGGCAACUUGCCUUGCCUGCCCCUUUCUCUGUUUGGGUAACAGGCUCAGGGAUGGGUCCUUCCUUACCCUCCUUCCCCUGGGAAUAUUUUGUACAAAGACUGGAGCCAGGCAUGAGGAGUGCCUAUUCCAUGCUUGCCUUUGCUAUGCCUGCAUCCCCAGCACUGGUCCUGGGUACCCCAGCCCUGGCCAGGUCUCCCUUUUAAGCAUAGAGCAGGAGGGAGAUACCCUGGGGAUCCAGCUCUGUCUACAUUUCAGGGGAAUGUUUCCAUUUGCCAAAUCCUAGUCCCAUGAUUUGUCCCCAAAGGGGAACAAAGGGACCUCUGACAGCUCAGAUUUAGCCCCAAUUCUUGCACACUCCAGGGAAAGGGGUGUUUGGCCUCAUUGGUACUGUGAAAAUGCCCAGCCAGAGAGCAAGCCUGUGUAUGGGGAUGUUAGAUCAGGAGCUGGACAUUCACCUGCAGGUGCCAAAGAGUGCAGGCGGCCAGGGAGGGGGGUGGUGUCAGACUGAUCUGAGGCCCUGAAGUGGCCAGGAUCAGGUUCCUUGGCCCCAGCACUCGCUUGCUCUCUGCUGGCAAGGGGGCAGGGAGCAUCUCUACCCCUUCUAUUGCCAAAUAAAAAAGGGUCAGGGCACAGAGGAAGAUGACCCUGAUCCCAAACCUGGUCUCCCAGGUCUCUGACACUGGGGAGAGCCUGUGUGUUUGUAUAACUGUGUGUGCAUGUUGCUCUUUGUGUGUAUGUAUUUUCCAGGUCUGUGUGUGUCCUUGUACUUUUGCUCCUCAGCUCUCCACCCAGGGUUGCCUCUCUCCCAUGGGCCUCUGUCUUCUGGGAAUAAGGCAGGGUUUCCUAUUUCAAGGGAUGUAGAGAGAUGCCCAGGUUGCACAGGUAUGGGAUGGGGUGUGGUAGCAAAAGGAGGGUGGCCUGGGAAGGGGAAUCCUUUUUGUGCCAAAUCCCUAAGUGCCGUUUGGGGGCCAUAUGUGCAGUAUGACUGUCUCCCUGCCUAGGGCAGGAACCCAAGCACUUGCUUGAGCCCCAGUGCUCCAUGCACUUAAACUGUUUGGGGUUUGUUGAGUAGAGACUCAGGAAUUUCCUGGGUUCCUCAGCCUGUAUCCUGGGAUGUGGUAUGCUUUGGGACUUGGGUAGCAUGGAAUCCCUCUGAGAACCCAGAUACUGGUACUAAGGGAUGGGACAGGGGAACCUUAAACUUGGCUUUUCCAAGUCAUUAGCCUGAGUCUAGUGUGUUCCUGGCUCCCAAUCCCCAUGAAGCCUGUAAGGGCUGGUAGAAGGAUUAGGAGGUUAGACUCACAUUUCCUUCCUCUCCUUUCCUUCCUUUUACCCCUUUGCCUGCAACUUCCUCAACUUUGGCCUGAAUUAGUUGGUGCCUUGGUUUUUCUCUCUGUACCUAUUUAAGCCAGAAGCAUUAGCCUGAAUUUUGCUUGAAGAUCACUUUUGUCUUGGAAGUCAGAGGAGAAUGGGGUUUGGGGGUGGAAGGGGAAGGUAGUGUUCUAGAUCUUCCUCAUAUUCCUUCAGCACCAGCUCCUUGCAGAGAUCUGGUUUCUGGCUCGGUACUGCUUACCUUGGGGAAUCUAUCUCCAUGCAUCAACCAAAUGGGCCACCAGGCACAUCAUUAGCCAAGGCAGAGGAAGGGAAAAGACUAGCUGUUCCAGACAGAAAAUUGACUCCUCUUUGAUAUCUCUGAAUAGGAAGAGACUACUUGGUGCCAGGGAGUAGGAGUGAGGGUGUAAGCCAGAGUGGGAAGACCUCAGCCUUGAAUGACUUGUCUCUGCUUCUUGCCAGGUGGGAGGGGCCUGUCCAUAUCCUUGCUCCCUGUACCACAGUGCCAGCCAUGCCCUUCCCCUGGUUACCAUUGCCUCUUUCCUCACCAGGUGGUGGAGGAGUCAGGGGAUGGGAAGCCAUGGACUUUGGUUUUAUAAAGUAACCACUGUGGGAGUGGGGGAGGGUGGUUGUACCAUGUAUUUCAGUGAAAUAUUUAAUAUAUUUAAAUAUCAAUAAAAUCAAACUCUUUGUAAAA